AUGUCUUGGCACCACUGCGUUCUCAUAUUUGGGCUGACUGCGGCCGCUGCCGAGCAAGGAUGCGCCAGCCCCACAUCUUCCGCAAGCUCCGCCUUGCUGCAAAGGACGCGGAAAGCUGCUCUCAAGGUAGCCACGCCGCGGUUCCACUACGAUGCGAAGCAGAUGUGGAACCUGGAUUCCGAGAAUGCUUUGUGGAAACAGACUUUCAACACUUCCUCGAACCGCUGCCGGCUGCGGAUUCAAAAUGCAUCUGGGGUGGAAGAGGAGUCGGAGCUCAGCAUCGGCUCAUGUCUCAGGGCCUGGAAGCCGGCGCAGAAGUUCCGAUUAGACCUUGCCUUACCAGCUUCUGGAAACCGCACGUCUCCAGGAAAGAAUCCAUCCCUCCUUCCGCUGCCGGCCAAGUUAGCUUCGUCAUUCCCGGAUGGAAAGUGGCUUGCUGUGGGACGAGCUGGUUGGAUGCGCUGCCCUGGCAUGGAGGACUAUCCCAUGGGAGACCUUCGGUACAUGCGCAAUACUUACUGCACAG